AUGUUUGGAGGAUGGGGUGGCACGCUGGGGCUCCCCGCAAUCGGCUCAGAUACCGACAAAGAACGUUCUCCCCCGCCGCCGCCAACGCCGUUGGACUUCCCCAGAUAUAACCUCCCCAACGUCCCCGACACCCCCUCUGAAGCCUCGUUACGCAACUUCCGAACUGUUCUUGCCUCCAUCCGCCGUCCCCAGGACAUCACGCCCGAUAAAUUCAACGAUCUCAACCUCAAAGUUGAAACAGACGUUCCCGUAGCCUCCAUCAUCCACCAUGAUGGUGCCAGGACCGCCGCUCCCCUACCCUGGGAAUCGGAGUCUCUUGACCCCUCCAUCGGCCGCCCCAUGCCAGCAGACGGAUCUCUGAUUUUCAUGGAUAACGAGAACCCGUACCCGCACAAGGACAAAUACGAUGUCUUAGAACGCGAGCUGCUCUUCGAGAACGACGACGCGUUCCGGGAAGUCGGUAGGUUGCCUCCUCGCGCAGGCCGCGAACGGGUAAGGGUGACGCAGACAAGGAAAUUCUGGACGGCGCUCGAACGAAUGGGACAAUACUGGGAUGACAGUUUGGAUGAGUACUAUGAGCGGCCGAAGUCGCCUGAGCCGAGCAAGACUGGUGAUGGCACUACAGAAGCCUCCACUCCCAUGGACGUGGAUACCGCCGCACCGAACGGUGCUUCAGCUGCACCAACACAAGAGUCUAAGCCAAGCGAGCCAGAGUCGGUGAAGAAGUAUAAGGGUCGGCGCAUCGGGGCCGGCAGCGAUAUGCCUGAUGAUAUUCGCGAGGAGGCCGUCCGCGCAUUAACCGAGAUGGCUGCCUGGCCCUUUGGAUGCCAGGCGUCCCUCCCGAUGCUUCCUCCCCGGCUAUCGUUGGGCACGCUGCUCUUCCCCAUCCGGCAAACAUUCCUAGCCACGCGGUCGCCAAGAGACAGGCAGCUUGCUAGGAACGGGAUGCUUGAAGGCCCUAUCUUCGUCGCUCAGUGCCGGCCCGAAACGGUCUUCCGAGCGCCGGAACAGACUCCAGGGCUCGGCAUGGGUGAUACGUGCGACCUCGUUCGUGAAGUCGGGUCUAUGCUCCUCGCUGCACAGGAGCGGGCACGAGAGGGCAAGAUCGAGGUCAAGCCGGGUGAGGGCAAAUGGUGGACGGCGACCCCACGAUGGGGCGGCGCGCCGAACGAUAAUAUCGGUGACAGUGUAAGGGUCACAAACGAGCAGGAAAGAGAAGCAGCGGCCAACAACGAGCGCAAACGUUCAAGACCGUCGGGGCUGCGGCGACCAACGUUGACUCGAAGAAUGAGCAGCAGCGAUAAGUGGAAGAUCGUCCAACCAGGCCCGAGUCUGUGGGAUAGACGGAUGCGGUAUAUCCAGAUUGGAAAGGAUAAAGAGAGCCCUUUUGACGAUAUAUACAUGCUCUCCUCAAUUAACCACCACGUUGCCAUCCUCCAUCUCCGCGUCCACCGCCGCUACCUCGACAUCAUCACCAAGGGAACAAGCGACGUCCCUCCAGACUCACCAUCGGACAGCCCCUGGCACGUCCUCAAAGUGCGACGAACAAGGUGGUACAAUCUCUUCGAUGCGCAGGACCGACUAGAAGUGUUCAGGGGAAUAUGGACUUUAUUCCACUGCCUUCUGCGUUCGAGGUCGUUCGCCUUCAGUAGCUGA